AUGCAGACUGCUUCUACAAAUAUUUGUGAAAGACUGUGCAAUAAGUCCAUCCAUGAAAUUUACUUGCUACUAAAUAUUCCACGGUCAACUGUUAUAACAAAGUGGAAGCAACUGGGAACAACAGCAACUCAGCCAACAAGUGGUAGGCCACGUAAAAUGACAGAGCGGGCUCAGCACAUGCUGAAAUGCACAGUUUGCAGAAGUUGCCAACUGUCUGCAGAGUCAAUAGCUAAAGACCUCCAAACUUCAUGUGGCCUUCAGAUUAGCACAACAACAGAGCGUAGAGAGCUUCAUAGAAUGGGUUUCCAUGGCACAGCAGCUGCAUCCAAGCCUUACAUCACCAAGUGCAAUGCAAAGCAUCGGAUGCAGUGGUGUAAAGCACGCUGCCACUGGACUCUA